AUGGAAGCUGUGGAGAAAAAGCAGGAGUUGGAGAUCGGAACCGUACCUUCAAAGGUUGACUCAGUGACCGCGGGGACAAUCGAAAAGUUGCAAGACGCAGACGAUGCAGCAAAUCAAGAAUUCUAUGGCAACUCGAUUAGCGACUCUUAUCGUUUCAAGUCCGAACUUGUUAACAAAUGCAUGGAGGAAAUCGGCUUUGGCCGGUAUCAGUAUGAGCUCUUUGUUGUUACCGGGUUUGGUUGGAUUACGGACAAUUUCUGGUCCCAAGGAAUCGGCACAAUCCAACCGGCUGUUAGACUCGAAUUCAAUGAUAUUACCAGAGUUGCAUUCAGUUCGAUCGCCUACUAUGUCGGAUUGAUCUUCGGGGCAUCCUUCUGGGGCAUUUCGGCUGACUUCAUUGGCCGAAAGCCUGCUUUCAACAUCACUCUCUUCAUUGGCGGUAUAUUUGCUCUCGCUGUUGGAGGCAUCGACAACUUCCCUGGGUUUUGCGUCCUUUGGGCUAUCAUUGGCACCGCUGCUGGGGGUAAUGUCCCGGUCGAUUCAAUGAUUUUCCUGGAGUUCGUGCCCGGAUCUCACCAGUAUCUCUUGACGGCGCUGUCUGCCUGGUGGAAUUUUGGGCAAGUCAUCGUGUCUCUCAUCGGUUGGGUAUUCAUUGCCAAUUAUACAUGUCCCUCAGAUUCUACUCCAGAGACAUGUCGUAAGGCAGAUAAUAUGGGAUGGCGUUACGUUAUGUUUACGUUGGGUGCCUUGGCUCUUAGCUUCGCCAUGAUCCGAAUUUUCAUCUUCAAGAUGCCUGAGUCACCACGGUACCUUCUCUCGAAGAAUAGAGAUGCAGAAGCUGUCGAGGCGGUCAACUACGUUGCAAGAUGCAAUGGAAAGCCUGAGCCUCUAACUCUGGCAAUGUUUCAGCAGAUUGACCUCGAUCUCGGUAUUGUCCUCAACCCAGAGGAAACUGGCCGACAAGGUCUCACCAGGACUCAAAUACUGAAGGAGAAUCUUGCGGAUUUCAAGUCAACCAACUUUAAGAACUUGUUUGCUACACGUAAGCUGGCUCAGCACACUACAAUAAUCUGGCUCAUCUGGCUCACCAUCGGAAUUGCAUAUCCCCUGUACUUCAACUUCUUACCCACAUACCUGGCCCAAAAAUUCACCGACAACUCGUCUUUUGAUGAGACUUACAGGAACUACUGCAUUGCCUCAACUGUGGGAGUGGUUGGCCCAAUAGCUGCGGCCUUUGCGGUACAGACUAAGCUUGGUCGUCGCUACAUGAUGGGCAUCUCUGCUAUUAUCACUGGUGUCUUCCUGUUUUCCUACACUGCAGCCCGGACACCCAGUGCUAAUCUUGCAUUUACUUGUAUCAGUGGCUUAUGGGGUAACUUCGAAUAUGCGGUCAUGUACGCUUUUACACCUGAAAGUUACUCGGCACCUCAACGUGGACUGGGAACGGGUUUCGCGGCAACUCUGUUGAGAUUUGGUGGUCUUUGUGCAAGUCUAAUUGGAACCUACUCAGAUUUCACGGUUGUCCCCAUCUAUGUCUCAGCCGGGAUGUGGAUGGCAGUCGGUCUCAUCGCCUUUGGAUUGCCUUUUGAGACUCAACAGCAUGCGGCUAUCUAG